GUCGGGUUGAAAAUAACAAUUCGCGUUGUGGGAUUGGCUGCUCUGAGCGUGUUUUUGUUCAGGGUUUACCCAGUCCCCUUCUGCAGACAUUCACACAUCGGUCCUCUCGGAGGCUGUCCGUAUCCUGCAACCCCCAACCCAUGUCCGUGGAACUGCUGAUUCCGUAUCACCUGUUGAAAUUCCCAGUUUUAUCCGGUCGGAAUGAAAUUACUGGCAGCCACGGUUCUGCUUGCUUUGAGCAGCUGUGCCCAGGACCUGCCCUCCCUGCCUCACGGAUGCACAGAGGGCAGUUGUUACCCUGCGACUGGCAACCUGCUGAUCGGCCGGGCCCACAACCUGACUGCCACCUCUACCUGCGGGCUGCAGGAGCCCAGCGACUACUGCAUCGUCAGCCACCUCCAGGGGCUGGAGAAAUGCUUCCAAUGUGACUCACGGAGACCUUACCAUCCAGUCACCAGCAGAAACAGCCAUCGUGUGGAGAAUGUCAUCUACCUCGCGGACCGGAAUGAGGAGAGGACCUGGUGGCAGUCGGAGAACGGUGAAGAGCAGGUGAGCAUCCAGCUAAACUUAGAAGCCGAGUUCCACUUCACACACCUCAUCAUGAAGUUCAAGACGUUCCGGCCAGCUGCCAUGUUCAUCGAGAGGUCGGCGGACUUCGGGCGGACGUGGAACGUUUACCGCUACUUCGCCUUCAACUGCACCGUCUCGUUCCCCCACAUCCCCACCCGGCCCCUGAGGAGGAUCGAUGAUAUCAUCUGUGACCACCGCUACUCUGACAUCGAGCCCUCCACAGAGGGUGAGGUUAUUUACAAAGUGCUGGAUCCAGCUGUCAAAGUGGAUGACCCAUACAGCCUGGAAAUUCAAGAUCUGCUGAGGAUAACGAAUUUAAAAAUCCACUUCACCAAACUGCACACACUCGGCGAUAACCUUCUGGACCGGCGCCCCGAGGUGCUACAGAAGUACUAUUACGCACUUUACGAGCUGGUGGUGCGGGGGAGCUGUUUCUGCUACGGCCACGCUUCAGAGUGCUCUCCUGUGGCAGGGAUUCAGGGAGGCGUGCUGGGAAUGAUUCACGGCAGAUGUAUCUGUAAACAUAACACCAAAGGGUUAAACUGUGAGCAGUGCAAGGACUUCUACCACGAGUUGCCCUGGAGACCAGCAAAGGCCGAUAAUCCACACUCCUGCAAAGCCUGUAACUGCAACAACCACUCCACGCGGUGUCACUUUGACAUGGCGGUGUACCGAGCCACGGGGAACGUGAGCGGAGGCGUGUGCGACGACUGUCUCCACAACACGAUGGGCAGGAACUGCGAGCUGUGCAAACCCUUCUACUACCGGAACCCGAUGGCUGACAUCCGCUCCGAGAACGUCUGUAUCCCUUGCGACUGUGACCCGGUGGGGUCCCUGGAGGGAGGGAUCUGUGACAGCGACACUGACCUGGACUACGCGGUGAUCGGCGGGCAGUGCCGAUGCAAGGAGAACGUGCAGGCUGCUCGGUGUGACCGCUGUAAGGAGGGUUUCUAUGGUCUGAGCAUGGACAACCCACAGGGCUGCCAGGCCUGUCGCUGUGACCCGCGGGGAGUGGUGAUGAGCGGGAGUCCCUGCGAUCACGUCAGUGGGGACUGCUUCUGCAAGCGAUAUGUGACGGGCCGUUACUGUGACCUGUGCCUGACUGAGUACUGGGGACUGAGUACCGACGUGGCAGGCUGUCGACCCUGUGACUGCGACUUUGGGGGCUCCUACAACAACAGGUGCUCUAUGGGGAGUGGGCAGUGCGACUGUCGGCCCCACAUCAUCGGCCGGCAGUGCCGCCAGGUCCAGCCCGGCUACUUCUGCGCGCCCCUCGACUUCUACACGUACGAGGCGGAGGAGGCCGACCCUCGCUCACCCACCGACCGACUGCCUGGAGGGAUGAAGCGGCUGGUGAACGGUGAUUGUGCUGAGUUGGAGAAGGAGCAGGGCCUGGGCAUUCGGAGGCGGAGGCAGCAGCUGGCAGCCAGGAGACUGCGCACCCGCAGGGUACGGCAGACUAAGCCGUUUGUGGAGGUGGUGAAGAGGCAGCAGCCGGCGAGUGAGAUGAUCACCUGGAGCGGACUGGGCUUUGCUCGGGUCCAGGAUGGAGCCGGCCUGAUGUUCACCAUCAGUAACAUCCCCUACGCCAUGGACUACAGCCUCAUGGUGCGCUACGAGCCUGAGUCUGCUGAAGAUUGGGAAGCAAUUAUCAAGAUCCACACGGCUGGUUUACCCACUACCUAUCGCUGUGGCAACCUCCUGCCCCAUGGACAACCUUACAGGCUAACUCUGCAUCACACGGAGAGGUACAUCAUGGUUUCCACCCCAUUCUGCUUCGAGCCCAACAUCCGUUAUGAGAUCAGCGUCAGGUUUCAGCGGCUCCUGGCUCCACACUGGAACUCAAACACCUUCAUUCUGGUGGAUUCUCUCGUGCUGCUGCCCAAGUACACUGAGCUGCCAGGGUUCGUGGGCACUGACCCGGCGUCCGUGCUGCACCGCGAGGAGAUGGUUCGCUACAUGUGUCUCCAGUCCUUCAUGAUGGCGAGUCCGCCCUCGCUGGCGGAAAUGUGCGUCCAGCUGCUGUGCAGUAUCUCGGCCAUCCUGCACAAUGGAGCCCUGCCCUGUGCCUGUGAUCCACAGGGCUCCCUCAGCUCCGUGUGCGAGAAGAUGGGAGGCCAGUGCCAGUGUAAGAGGAACGUGAUCGGCCAGCGCUGUGACCACUGUGAGCCUGGAUAUUACGGCUUCGGACCCAGUGGCUGCUCUCCCUGUGACUGCAGUGCCGAGGGUUCGGUGCACAGUAUGUGUGAGCAGACCAAUGGUGAGUGCCCGUGUCGGCCGGGACUGCGCGGUCGACAGUGUGACCAGUGUUCCCCCAGGCACUGGGGCUUUCCCAACUGCCGGCCCUGCCAAUGUAACGGCCAUGCGGAGGAGUGUGACCCUUGGACCGGCGCCUGCCUCGGCUGCAGCGACAGCACAACCGGACAUCACUGCGAGAGGUGUUCUGCAGGUUACUACGGAAACCCAGUCCUGGGAUCAGGUCAGCAGUGUCGCCCGUGCCCAUGUCCGGAUUACCUGGGGAGUGAGCACUACCAUGGUGUCUCAUGUCACACCGACCUCAGCUCCAACCAGAUCAUCUGCCUCUGUGAGAUGGGCUACACUGGGUCCCGGUGUGACAUGUGUGCCCCAGGUUACUAUGGUAACCCUGAGGUUCGGGGAGGAAGGUGCUGGCCCUGUCAAUGCAACAAUAACAUCGACCUGACGGACCCUGGAUCAUGUGACCCACACACCGGCCAGUGCUUGAAGUGCCUGUACAACACCGCCGGAGCCCAGUGCGCAGAGUGUAGGCGGGGUUACUACGGCAACCCCCUCCAGCAGGACUGCAGGCGCUGUACCUGUAAUGUCCAAGGCACUCUGGCCUCACAGUGUGACCCUGGCGACAUCUGUCACUGCGACAGGGUGACGGGACACUGCCCCUGCAGGGAGAAUGUCGUCGGAAUGAACUGUGACCAGUGCGCUCCUCAUUACUGGAACUUUGGCAGCUCCCAGGGCUGUGAACCGUGUGGGUGCAAUCCAGAACAUUCUUACGCCCUGCACUGCAACAUGUUUACUGGCCAGUGUGAGUGCCGCCCAGUCGGAGGGCGGACCUGCGCAGAGUGCAAGGAGCAUUACUGGGGUAACCCACGGCAGUCGUGUCAGGGGUGUGACUGUGACCCAGUUGGUUCGGAGACUCUACAGUGUAACCGCUCGACGGGACGCUGCCUGUGCAGAGAGGGAUUCACUGGGUGGCGGUGUGACCAGUGCAGUCGAGGUUACCGCGGCCGUUUCCCAAACUGUGCCCGCUGCCACACCUGCUUCUACCUGUGGGAUGAGGAGAUCAGCCAGCUGGGGGAGCAGAUACAGAGCGUGAGGGAGAGGGUGCAGCGGAUCACGGAAACUGGGGUGACCGGGAGUGCCAGCGACCGUCUGCAGGAGCUGGAGGAGAAGCUGGCAGAUGUCCAGGGGCUGAUCCAGGCACUGCCCCUGUCCAGCCCAGGACUGCUCAAUGUACUGAGGAAACUCACCGCUCGACUUCAGGCAGGAGAUGGACCAACUGUCUCACACAUUGGACCAUCUGGAGAACAACACUUCCAGGGUUCUGGAAUCUAAUGGCAAAGCAGAAGGGGAUUUACAGGAACUGAAGAGAUGUUCAAGAACCUGAGUGCAACACUUGUCCAGAAAACAAGGAGCUGGAGAAAUAUUCAACAUCAAGCUUUAAAGAGUUCUACGAUGCCGUGCGGACAUCCUACCAAAAAGUCACGCGAGCUGGAGCAAGUGGUGAAUGAGACGGUGUGGGGUGUGCGCAGCCCGGUGGGGAGUCAGCGGACACGAGAGCGCGGACGGAGGGGCUGCUCCAGCAGCAGGAGAGC